AUGGAUCCUAUGCUCCCAUCUCCGAAUCGUGGUCGCAGUCAAGGGCAACGCUCACCAUGGAGAGGUGGACAGAGUUGGAGAGGAUCGAGCACGAAUGAACGUCAGCAAUAUCCGAGUCCAUACCAAGACGUUCGCAGUAACCCUAAUGGUUGGUCCGAUCCGCGGUACGGCGUUCAUCAUGGCAAUCAACAGUCCAACAGACGUUUCAACAGACAAUCCUUCGGUACUCCUCGUGGCCAUGCUCCAGGAUCCUACAAUAAAAGACCGUUUGGACAACAAACACAGGAGGUGGAUAUCCGUGCUUAUGUGAUUCCAGCAAUGACAGGCAAUCCCUGGAAACACCUGGAGGAACAACGGCGCACCGAAGGUAAUCGAUGUGAUUAG